AGACGACGCAGCAUGGACAACAAGUUCAUCCCGCAGGCCAUCGCGCUCGUGACGCAGGCGAUCCAGGAAGACACCAACAAGAACUACGAAGCCGCCUUCAAGCUCUACAAGCAGUCGCUCGAGCACUUUAUGAUCGGCGUCAAAUAUGAGAAGAACCCGACGUCCAAAGAGAUCAUCAUGAAGCGCGUCGAGGGCUACAUGUCCCGCGCCGAGCAGCUGCGCGAGAUGCUCGAGGGCGCGUCCAAGCCCAAGGUCGUGCCCGCGGGCGGCGUCGCCGAAAAGGAAAAGGACGACGAAGAGAACGAAGAU